GUGGCACUGUCUAUUAAACAUUGUACAAAGCCAUUUGGAGAAAUUUCAGUUAACUCCAUAUCUUUAAAAAGAUAAAAAAGAACAAAUAUUAGUUCAAUAUUGCAAUAUAAACAAGAAUUUAUUCAUUAAAAUGUACAUAACUUUUACAACCGAAACAAGCACACCAAAUAAAAAUUACAAUACAACAAACUUUUAUUGUAGAAUAUAUUACAUAACAGAAUAACUUCAUUUUUAUUAUUAUUAUUUUCACCCAUGACGAUGUCAGUGCUCAUCUCAUUAUUAUCCAUAUAGAAAUCAGACAUAUUAAAUGUGGGCAUUGGUGGAACGUUUUCGUUGACGUAAUUAGUUUCCACAUUCUUUCCGUUUAGAGAUGAUUUAUAUAAGUCAACUAAAUGUGUAGGUGUGCGACACUUAUUUGUCCAAUAUCCCGACGUGCCACAUUUAAAACAAGUGACUUUAGCCUUUUCUGAAGAUUUCGUCGAGCCUCUUGUUUGAUGGGGGUUUUGCUUUCCCUUGCCUUUGUAAGAGCUACUACUCUGUUUGUUUCCCCGGCUAGGUCCAUUAUAACGACCAAUACCACGACCACGUUUGAAAUGUCCACGAGCACCACUAUGAGUUGCAUUUGAUUCAUGUUUUGAACCAUGAUUUUGUGGACCAAAACUAAAAGGGCUACAACCCGUGGGUCUCCUAUUGUGGUUUCUCAUCAAAAUGUCAUUAUUCAUCUCAACAAGUAGUAAUACUGAUAUUAAAUCAGAAUACUUUUGAAAGCACUAGUACAAAAAAUCAAUUCUAUAACAGACAUUUCGUGUCGGAUAUAAAACAACCGACAUAGUACAUAUGCAUGGGGUUAAUAUCAUAAAUUUUAAAAUUAUCUCAACUUAAAGCAGGUCAGAUUUGGAAAUAUUGAAUAUUAUCUAUAUCGGCUAGGUUCUGACCCGAUAUAGAAAAAUGAAAACGGAGUCUUUUUCAUAAUUCCUGAAAACAUGGAACAGAGGCGGGGUAUAUUUUAUGAAUUUCAAAACUACUUUUUAUGUAGGAUGAGAAUGAUCCGUAUUAGAAUAUAUAAACACUUGGUAUAAUUGAAUGCUCUGGAAAUGUUUAGAAGGUAGAGCACCUGCCAGCCCUAGAAAGGAGUUAAGGAGAACGCUGUCCAUCAUCACCAGCAGCCGCUCUUAUAUCGUCAACUUCUGGUCGCCGCUCUUCUAUCGCCGACUUCCAAUCACAGCUCUACUAUCACCGACAUCCAUUCUCAGCUCUUCUAUCUCCGACAUCCAAUCGUAGCUCUUCUAUCGCCGACAUUCAAUCGUGGCUCUUCUAUCGCCGACAUUUAAUCGUCGCUCAUCUAUGGCCGACUUCCAAUCGUCUCUCUUCUAUUGCCCACUUGCGGUCGCUGCUUAUCUAUCGUCUAGUUCCAAUUGUCGCUCUUCUAUCGCUGACUUGCGGUCGCUGCUCAUCUCUUGCUGAAAUCCAAUCGCUGCUCAUCUAUAGCCGAUUUUGGUUGCUGCUUUUCUUUCGCCGAUUUUGGUCGCCUCUCUUUGGCACUAUAUGUUGGGUGUGUUUCGAAAAAAAAACGAAGAAAUAUUAAUUAAAUAAAAUUAAUUAAUAAACAAAAUAGCUAAAAGAAAACAGAAAAUGAGAUGGAGCAGAUUUUAGCCAGAGCUCGUGCUACGCACGAUGUCCUUAAAACGUAUUCGUCGCCUCCCAAGGUGCUAGGAGCGCUGCAACGACCGUUUCCCAGGAUACGGUGGCUAACGAACGAUCGUUUGAGCACACAAACGGAAGUUCCGGUGAACUGGAACACAGUAAGAACACUUGGGAAAUUUGGGAGUAGCUGGAAGAGUUUUUAGCUCAAGAAAACGUGAGGAAGGUAUUGUGCAUUGUCAAAACCGUGUGUUUGUUGCAAAGCACCUGCCAGCUAUUUAUAGGAGGAUUUGUUGUGUGUUAAAUGGGGUGUUAAUGGACCUGAACGUUGGACAUCAUUGACCAGUCCGUUGGGCAUUUAAUCAUCCAUAAACUGUCCAUUUAACGCAGCAUUAAAAGAGAAGAACGUUGGGCAUUAAUUGUUGUAACGGAAGAAAUGCGCGACAGAAGACCCCAACAGAACACCCCUUGGAGGGUUUCUGUCCGAAGCCAACACAACACCUCUUGGAGGGUUUCUGUCCGAAGCCAGCAGAACACCCCUUCGAGGGGUUCUGUUCGGAGCACUUCUGGGAAAAAAUAAACGUUUCGGGAAGAAAACAAAAAUUAACCGUAUCUCUUGAGAGAUAGAUUUUUGGACGGCAUUCGUGUCCGCAGGUCGCCCGCGCACACGAGUCGCGGUUUUUCUUCUCCGUUUCGGGAUUUGAUCGGCACCCCCCCCCCUGCGCGUAAGAUAGAGACUUUCCCUCUAGGAAUCUUAACUCCUUAAAAGAGGCUUCCCUUUAUAAGGGGGUGAAAAUCCCUUGAGUUUUUCGGUGUGGGAUAAAACACACUAGAAACUCAUCAUUUUUCCCAGUUUUUCCAUUUCAACGAGUGAACUUCGAGAAUAAAUUUCUCAUUCACCCGUUAUCCGUUUUGAGUGUACCACAUAUCGAAUUGUAGCCCUUAACAAGGACAAUCCGAAACCACUUUGACCCGACCCAAAUCGGAAGUGGACCCCACUCAAAUAAUUGCCCCAAAAUGACCAUUUAAUGCAAUUUUUAACACAUUUUUCCAACAAUCCCCCACAUGAAUGAAAAUUGAUUUUCGAGACUUAAAAGACACGAAGAUAGGAGGACACGUUGUGUUCACCGGAUGAUCCUUGCAUACGGAGAGGUAGGUUUAUCCUUUGAACCUUCCGUUGUAAAGACACGUUUAUUUACUGGCUGUCUAGUAGACUCGAUGUCCUUGAACUAUACUGCCGUCGUGUAAACAUUGACUUAUCUUUACACAAGAACCUUCCAACUUUGUUCCGUUCUCAUGGGUGUGCCCGUUUUGGCCAUGGGUCACCGUCCUGGUUCUGCAAGAGUUUCUAAAGAACUGAGCCUUUACAGUUCUCCUUUGAAGCGACCCUCUUCUCUCUCACAUAGGUGAUUCUGUCACGAGUAUCCCGCAUACUCUUCCAAUGUUAUCGAUGUAGAUCAACAUUUUAGAAUCAUUAAAGCAAACGUUUUUGCUAACCUCGUGCGGGAGUCACUGUUUUAACGAGGAGUGGGUUGGAGUCCGGGACCCCCACAGUGAUCAUCCUUCGCUCUAUAAUUUAGUUGUCCCUUUUGAACCUAGGACCAACUAGGUUGGGUAUCCACUAUAGAACUUUUCAAUUCACGGGCUUUAGUCCCAUUCCUCGUGACAACUUCUCCAACAAUUCUCUAUCCAAUGUCUUGGUUAGCGGAUCCGCUAUGUUAUCCUUUGACUUCACGUAGUCAACAGUGAUAACACCCGUUGCGAGGAGUUGUUUAAUGGUGUUAUGUCUACGACGAACGUGUCUAGACUUACCAUUGUACAUAUUGCUCUGUACCCUUCCAAUUGCCGCUUGACAAUCGCAAUGUAUGCAUAUUGGAGGGACAGGCUUUUCCCAACUUGGAAUAUCCUCAAGAAAAUGGCGUAGCCAUUCAGCCUCUUCAGUGCACUUAUCCAAGGCUAUUAGCUCAGACUCCAUCGUGGAUCUAGCUAUUAACGUUUGUUUAGAGGAUUUCCAUGAUACGGCUGCACCUCCCAAAGUGAAAACAUAUCCACUUGUGGACUUAGAGUCCUUUAUGUCGGAUAUCCAAUUAGCGUCGCUAUACCCUUCAAGUACAGCUGGAUAUCUUCCAUAGUGCAGUCCAAGGUUUUGGGUUUUACGUAAAUACCUCAAAACCCUUACUAUUUCCUUCCAGUGUUCAGCGCCGGGGUUGCUAGUAUAUCUACUCAACUUGCUGACCACAAAGGCAAUAUCAGGCCUGGUACAACUCAUUACAUACAUCAAGCUUCCAAUAAUCCUAGCGUAUUCUACUUGAGAAAUACACUCUCCACGAUUUUUGGUAAGUUGUACGUUUUUAUCUAAUGGAGUCCUUGCCUCUUGAUAAUCAUCCUUAUUAAAUUUCGUAAGGAUUUUAUCAACGUAAUGGGAUUGGCUUAGCGUAAGACCGUCAGGUCCUCUAAUUAUUUUAAUCCCAAGGAUUAAAUCGGCCAGCCCCAUAUCCUUCAUGUCAAAUUUAGAAUUUAACAUGCUUUUGGUAGAAUUAAUCAUUAGAUUAUUGCUACCCACGAUGAGUAUAUCAUCCACGUAUAAACAUAAAAUGACAUACCCGUCUACCGUGCUCUUCACAUAGACGCAUUUGUCACUUUCGUUUAUUUUAAACCCAUUAAUUAACAUUGCAUGAUCGAACUUUUUGUGCCACUGUUUAGGGGCUUGUUUCAAUCCAUACAAUGAUUUAAUUAAUUUACACACUUUCCUUUCUUGGCCUGGAACACGAAAGCCCUCGGGCUGUUCCAUAUAGAUUUCUUUGUCUAUAUCGCCAUUUAGAAAAGCGGUUUUUACGUCCAUUUGAUGAACUUCCAAUUUCCGCAAUGCGGCAAUUGCUAGUAUCAUCCUAAUGGAAUUUAUUCUCGUCACAGGAGAAUACGUGUCAAAGUAAUCAUGGCCCUCACGUUGCUUGUAUCCCUUGAUCACAAGUCUGGCCUUGUACUUAUCGAUGGAACCGUCAGGUUUCAUUUUCCGUUUAAAAAUCCACUUGGAUCCCAAAGGUUUAUUUCCCGGAGGAAGAUCAACCAAUUCCCAUGUGUGAUUUUUAAGGAUAGAAUCCACCUCACUUUUGAUGGCUUCUUUCCACAUAGGAUCUUCCGUAGACGCCACGGCUUCCGUAUAAGUCCGUGGCUCAUUUUCUACCAAACAUGUUAGAAAAUCCGGUUCAUUUUCUACCAUACAUGUUAGAAUAUCCGAGUCAACUUCUACCAGGUAGGUGAGAAAAUCUUGUCCGAAGGAUUUUUCAAUUCUAGCACGUUUGCUACGUCUGGGUUCGGGUUCUUCUCCAGAUCCCUCGCUAGUAUUUUCCAUAGCUACGUCAAAUGUUCGUUUUGACGUGUUACGCCCUUCGUUGGACUUGCAUGGAAAUACAUCUUCAAAGAAUGAAGCAUUCCUUGAUUCAAUUAUUGUGUUUUUAUGUACAUCCGGAUUAUUCGAAUCGUACACUAAAAACUGAUACACACUACUAUUUUGUGCAUAUCCAAUAAAAAUACAAUCCACUGUUUUUGGACCUAUUUUUAUUUUCUUAGGUGUUGGUACAAGCACCUUAGCAAGACACCCCCACACUUUUAAAUAUUGAUAGGAAGGCCGUCUGCCUUUCCACAACUCGUACAGAGUUUUAUCAUAUUUUUUCCGGGGAACCUUAUUUAAAAGGUAAUUGCUUGUCAAGAUUGCUUCGCCCCACAUAUUUUGUGGCAGGCCCGAACUUACUAGCAUCGCGUUCAUCAUAUCUUUCAAUGUGCGAUUCUUUCGUUCGGCAACACUGUUUGAUUGAGGUGAAUAGGGUGCGGUACGUUCGUGUACUAUACCCACACUAGCGCAAAAGUCACCAAUUGGUGCUUCAUACUCACCACCUCGAUCACUCCUAACCGUCUUAAUCCGUCGAUUAAGCUGGUUUUCCACUUCAUUCUUAUAAAGAAUGAAUUUAUCGAUUGCUUCGUGUUUAUUUUUUAAUAAAUAAACGUAGCUAUAACGAGUGCUAUCAUUGAUAAAAGUAAUAAAAUAUUUAUUACCGCCACGUGUUUGUAUUGAUUUAAAAUCACAAACGUCACUAUGAAUUAAUUCAAGUGGUUCCGUUUUUCUUUCAACCGAUUUGAAAGACGUUUUCGUUAGUUUUACCUCUACACAAACUUCACAUUUGUGCUUCACAUCAAUUGUGAAUUUAGGAAUGUGCUUCAUGUUAAUCAAUCUACGUAUAGAAUCAAAAUUAACAUGUCCUAGUCUACCAUGCCACACAUUGGAAGACUCAAGCAAGUAAGUAGAAGGGAUUUUAUUAUUAUUAUUAAUAAUAGUCAUUACAUUGAGCUUAAACAGCCCAUCACAUGUAUAUCCCUUUCCCACAUACAUUCCUGAUUUAGACAAAACUAAUUUGUCCGACUCAAAAACCAUGCGAAAGCCAUGUUUGUUCAACAACGAACCGGAAAUCAGGUUUUUGCGUAUUUCCGGAACGAACAAAACUUGGUUGAGAGUCAGCUCUUUGCCCGAAGUCAUCUUCAGGACCACCUUGCCCACACCUUCAACAGCGGAAUGAGCCGAGUUACCCAUCCACACUUUCUCACCAUUUGAUGGCUCAAAAGUUGUGAAUAACUCACGGUUUGAGCAAAUAUGCCGGGUUGCACCGGUGUCCACGAACCACUCCUUGGAAUUGGAUCCACCGAGGUUGACCUCGGUCACCACAGCCGCAAGGAUGAUGUCUUCAUCCUUUUGCCCACCUUGCACCAAGUUCACGUGAUAAUCUUUCUUCUUCCUUGGUGCCUUGCAAUCCGAGGACUUGUGUCCAUUCUUAUUGCAAUUGAAGCAUUUUCCGUUGAACUUUGUCUUGGAAACGCCUCCCUUGGGACCGAGCUUGCUCUUCCCAUUAUUUUUAUUUUUGGAGCCUUUAGCAUGCUCCACCACGUUGGCCUUGGCGCCAUGAACAAUUGGGAGUUUCCCAUCGUUCUUCCGGUUAUCCUCUUCAAUCCGCAGACGGAGGAUCAAUUGCUCCAAGUUCAUUUCCUUUCGCUUAUGCUUAAGGUAGUUCUUGAAAUCCUUCCAAGCCGGCGGCAAUAAAUGGAUAAUUGACGCCACUUGGAAAGACUCACUAACUGUCAUUCCUUCAUCUCGAAUUUCGUUGAAGAUCAUUUGCAUCUCCUCAACUUGACUCAAGACCGUCUUCGAAUCCACCAUUUUAAAGUCAAGGAAUCGACCAACAACAAAUUUCUUUGCGCCGGCAUCCUCGCUUUUAUAUUUGUGGUCGAAAGCAUUCCAUAGCUCCUUAGCCGUAGCUAGUUUGCUAUAUACGUCGUACAAAGCAUCAUGCAGCCCGUUCAACACAUAUUUUCGGAAAAGGAAGUCCGAAUGCUUCCAUGCCUCAACCGCGUUGAAAGAUUGCGCAUCCACCUCACCCCCGGUUGCUACCGGCGCAUCCUCGGUCAAGAACCUCGCAAGACCGAGAGUAGUGAGAUAGAAGAGCAUCUUUUGCUGCCACCUCUUGAAGUUUAACCCAUUGAAUUUCUCGGGUUUCUCCACAGAGUUGCUUGGCACGGUCAGCAUAGGGAUAGCCCUUUGGUUGGCCAAAGUAGAUGCACCGCGUUGUGAACCAUUGUUCACCGGUGCUCCACUUUCAGAGUGAUUGUCGUUUAGAACAUUCUACCCAACACCAAUCUCGUUUUCUUGAGAAGUCAUUUUCGUUCUUUAACGUUUUUUCGAAAAACACACAAAAAAAAUAAGUUCGUUCACCAAAGUGAAAAACUACGAUUUAAGAUUGUUUACCACAGUAGAACAAUCAACAAAUACGUUUUAAGAUUGUAUCCGUAUGAUACAAGCUCAACAAAUACGUUUUAAGAUUGUUGGGUGUGUUUCGAAAAAAAACGAAGAAAUAUUAAUUAAAUAAAAUUAAUUAAUAAACAAAAUAGCUAAAAGAAAACAGAAAAUGAGAUGGAGCAGAUUUUAGCCAGAGCCCGUGCUACGCACGAUGUCCUUAAAACGUAUUUGUCGCCUCCCACGGUGCUAGGAGCGUUGCAACGACCGUUUCCCAGGAUACGGUGGCUAACGAACGAUCGUUUGAGCACACAAACGGAAGUUCCGGCGAACUGGAACACAGUAAGAAUACUUAGAAAAUUUGGGAGUAGCUGGAACACGAGUCGCGGUUUUUCUUCUCCGUUUCGGGAUUUGAUCGGCACCCCGCCCCCCCCCUGCGCGUAAGAGAGAGCCUUUCCCUCUAGGAAUCUUAACUCCUUAAAAGAGGCUUCCCUUUAUAAGGGGGUGAAAAUCCCUUGAGUUUUUCGGUGUGGGAUAAAACACACUAGAAACUCAUCAUUUUUCCCAGUUUUUCCAUUUCAACGAGUGAACUUCGAGAAUCAAUUUCUCAUUCACCCGUUAUCCGUUUUGAGUGUACCACAUAUCGAAUUGUAGCCCUUAACAAGGACAAUCCGAAACCACUUUGACCCGACCCAAAUCGGAAGUGGACCCCACUCAAAUAAUUGCCCCAAAAUGGCCAUUUAAUGUAAUUUUUAACACAUUUUUCCAACACUAUAUAGGUAAAAACGCUCUUUUAACUGUUUAUAGUUUUAAAUAUCUAGGGUUUCCAUAGUUCUUUUAAAAUUGGGCGGUUUUUUCACUCCUAUGAGCAUCUUCUUCUUGUGAGGCUUUUUGAUAGUUUUGUAAAUAUUAUUUAUUCUUGAAUUAUUUUCUACAUACUUGCUUAUCUCAUUGACACGAAAAUUUGUAGUUGUUGAAGAUCAUUUUAUUUUGAAUCAAGCUUGUCAUAUGUCUUAUAAUAGAUUAGCUUUUAUUAUAUCAUUUGUUAUUUAUGUUUGUAUUUAUUAGGGUAUAAAAGAUAUGGGGCCAAUGUGUCAAGCACAUAUCAGGCUGAAAGCCUUUACGCAAACCUUAUACCUGCGCAUAUAAAAAGGCGCUUUAGGUUUAGGUUUGCGUUAACUUUGCAUAUUGAUCUUAUCAGCCUUAGCGCUCAUCCUUGUGUUUGCAAAGUUCACGAUAUAUCAAAGACGAGUUUAAAAGAUCUGAGCGUGUAUCUUUCUGCUUCUCUAUCUUUGUUAUAUCAAUCUCUAUUGCUGUAAAUCAUAUAAACAGGGACAAACAAUUGGUAUCAGAGCCGAUCGAGUACUGAUCAGAACAUCAACGACGAAGACUCUGCUAUUUUUCAUCGUUCAUUUGUACUUUUCGUUUUUAUCAUUUGUACUCCCGUUCUUGAUCAAAAAGCUGUAAAAGUUAUAUUGUUGAAAUCGCACUCUUUAGACGAUCAAGCAGUAUACCUUUGUUUUCAUUUUUCGCAAACUUUUUGUUUUUGAGAUCUCGACAGGCAGAUCUCGAGAUUAGUGUUUUUCCUGGCUAUGCUCAAAUUUUCGAGCUGAAAUUUUCACAGUAGAAUCUCGACAUCAAGAAGUACAGGGAACAACUUUCAGACUUUGGAAUCUCAAAUUUUUCUUCUUGCAGGAUCUCGACAUCAAGGAUAUCGACUUUCGGAACUCGACAUUUGGGUUUCGAAAUUUCAAGAUCUCGACAUCUUGAUCUCGACUUUUGAUUUCUCGACAUUCAAAAUCUCAAAGUGUAUAUCUUGACAUUUCAAAUCUCGACAUUUGAAAUCUCGAGAUCUAUACUCGACUUUUGAAAUCUCGAAACACAAAUCUCGAGAUCUUCAUCUCGAGGAUUUUAUAUCGAAAUCCUAAAUUUCGAGGCUGAUCUUCGUUUUUCAGGAUCUCGAGGUUCUGCCUUAGAAAUUUUUUUCUGAUCAAAUCUCGAACGGUCAGUUUUUAACAGCAAUGACAACAGACUCUUCAGCACUUGGUAACAGCAAAAAUCCCCUAGUACUGAGAAAUGGGGAAUAUCAGAUGGGGAAGACUAGAUUUCUCAACUUUCUAGAGAACCGGGAUAACUCUUCUAAUUUGCUAGAAUCCCUCACUCAAGGCCUUGCAGUGCUCUGUAUAACCAUCCCGGGGAAUGAAAGCAAUAAUCUGCCAAUUGAAGAAGUAAGACGGAUUAAAACUCCCACUGAGUACACAGCAGAGGACAGAGAGAGAUUGAAGGCUGAUCUCACUGUCAAAACUUACCUGCUACAAGCCAUUCCCAACGAUAUCUAUAUCACGAUUGACAGCAUGCAGACUGCUAAGGAAAUGUGGGAUGAAGUUGCAAAACUUUUGUAGGGAACCUCCAUUGGACUAAAAACAAAGAAGGCCAGUACUCUGAUGGCCUAUGACUCCUUUAAAGCCUUACCUGGCGAAUCACUAAUUUCAACCCACAAAAGAUUCAUGACUCUAAUCAACGAACUCAGAAAGAUCAAAAUAUUCAAAUCCAAUAUGGAAAUGAACAUUAGAUUUAUGUCAAGUCUGAAUCAUGAAUGGAGAAAUCGAGUGAAAGACGCAAGAACAGGCCUAGAUCUUGAUGAAGUGGAUCUCUGCACACUGCGAGAUCACUUGAGAACCUUUGAGAACGACACUGCGGAACUAGAAGGACAGUACUCAACUGAUCCACUAGCACUUGUUAUGGAAGCUCAGCCACCGAAGUCCACGAAGGUACAGAAGAAAAAGAAAAAGGUUGUAAUAGACUUCGAGCAUGAGAUGGCAGAGCUGCAGAAGAAGAUGGCACUCCUAACCAAGAAGUGGGGAAAGAAGAACAACUCCUCAAAUAAGCUGAGAACCUCUUCUAAUUACAAACAGAAGACUCCUGAUCAAAGCAGCUCUGGCAGAGCAGCUGCACCUGAUGACUCUCCAAUAUGUUAUAACUGUGGAAAGUCCGGACAUCUCCAGAAGGACUGUCGUCUUCCAAAGAAAAAAGAUGUCAACUUCUACAGACAGAAAAUAAUCUGGAACAAACAAAAGCUGCUGCUAGCUAAGAAAGAAGAGGAGAACGCAACACUGUUAGCUGAGAAUGAACAUUGGGAUGAGGACUCAUCUGACGAAGAAGAUGAGGAUAACUAUGCACUUAUGGCAUUGUUGGAAGGUGAAGAAGAAGAAGAAGAAAAGGGUGGUGCUGCGAUCCCCGGAAGUGAAAGCUCGAAUAGCACGGUUAGUACCUCUGACUCUCAAUGCUCCUGCUCUAAUCAAAGUCAAUCCUUACAUACUAAGGAUGACUUAAUUAAUGACCUUAAAGAGAAGUUAGACAAUAACUAUCAAGAGUUUGUUAGGUGUCUAGACCAGAAAGCAUCUUUAAGCAUACAACUUGAAAAUGAAAAGCAAGAUGCCAAAAAGAUGACACUCGAACUUGAUGAGUUAACACUCAAGGUUGCUGAUAUGACUGAUUAGGUUUUUCAAACUGAAAUAGAGUCAAAUACAGUUAAAGCUGACAAAAAUGUUCUUGAAAAUCAAAGAAAUAAUCUCUUUAGCAAAAUCAAAGAACUUGAGGAUUUAAUUGCCAUAAGAGGUCAGUCAGAACAAACUAUUUUCUUAAACCAAAUUAGUGAUGACCGGUACUACAAUCCCAGAUCUGGGCUUGGCAUGUCUAAUCCAUGAAAUCUAAAGAAAGUUGAUUGCAUUCAGCUUUAUGACUUAGAUCACAUGAGACAAGGUUAUGGUCAGAAAAUGUUUUUUAGAAGUGAUGAAGAAAAUGCCGAAAAAGAAGAAGAAAAGAGAAAGAACCCAAAGGCUGCCAUUUCUUGCAAUUAUUCUGUUUUAAAUGAAAAAAGCCUCACAGGCAAAGAGCAGAAUUUUUGUACUAAUGAGUGUUUGAAUCCUUAUGCCAUUAGGAAGGAUGUACCUCAUCUGGGUCAUCCCUUAGACCCACCUUCUAGAGUAGGUAUUUCUACAUUUGGAAAGGAACCUUGUAUCUUUCUAAUGGCCCAAAAGCUCAAAGAUCUCCAGAAAACCUUAGAAAAUGAGAGAGAAAAGUUUGAUUUAGAAAAGAAAGGUUUUGAGAGUAACUGGGAAACGCUCCUAAAUGAAUUCAACCAACUAAGCAUUAAGUACCACUCUAAAAACACUCCCCAAUCCACAUCUAGUACAGUGCAUAAGGAACCUCACAUCUCUCCUAAACAAACAAAUUUUUCGAAAGAAUCGCCCACUCAUUCCUCUUCUCUUUUGUCCACAGGAUAAGAAGUGAACAAGAGAUGGAAGAAGAAGGAAGAGUGGAGGCAGAAAAGGAAGGAAAUUGCAAAUGGAAAGAAGAAAGUUUUUGAAGAAAAGAAGUCCAGUCCUUGUUCUUGCUCUCUUUUUUAUUCUAAGAAAAAUUGUAAUUCUGUUUCAAUCAAACAUUCAGUCAGUAAUUCAGCUUUUCGAAAGAAACGCCCACUCAUUCCUCUUCUCUUUUGUCCACAGGACAAGAAGUGAACAAGAGAUGGAAGAAGAAGGAAGAGUGGAGGCAGAAAAGGAAGGAAAUUACAAAUGGAAAGAAGAAAGUUUUUGAAGAAAAGAAGUCCAGUCCUUGUUCUAGCUCUCUUUUUUAUUCUAAGAAAAAUUGUAAUUCUGUUUCAAUCAAACAUUCAGUCAGUAAUUCAACUUUGAGUUCCAAGCUGAAAAAUUCUAUUUUGUCUUUCAAACAAUCUGCUUCUUACAAUUCAACUGAUGCUUAUGGCUAUUCUGUUCCUGAACCUCACAACUAUGAAUGUGAUUCGAAUGCUGUUAAGGUGCAACCUCGAAGACAGGUUAAACAAAGAAAAGAAGACAAGAGCAGAACCUUUGAGGGAGUUUUCUGUCUUCCAAAUCUAAAAUAUCCCUUCAAAGUUCACUUUGAGAAACCUGUUAACAGACUCUCGAAAGAGAAAAUUUUUAAGUCUCAACUCACCAAACAACCUUUCAAUAACAAAGCAAAAGUCUACACUUCUCUUAGCACUAAACAAAAGUGGGUCCCCAAAAUUGGACCUACUAAACCUGAAACUGCCAGGUGGGUCCCCAAGAACGGACCUACUAAACCUGAAACUGCCAGGUGGGUCCCCAAGAACGGACCUACUAAACCUGAAACUUCCAGGUGGGUCCCAAAAAACGGACCCAUUAAAACUGAAAUUGAAAAGUGGGUUCCCAAGGCCAGACGUUCUGCAACAUCAGAACUGGCUAUAACAGAGCCCACAAAAGAUAAAUCUUUUGGUGAGAAGGCUGCUGACUUUGGAUCACAGCUUAAAGCGAAAUUCAAAAAGGUGUUCACUGUUGAUAAGGAAGGACCCAUUUCAAGAUGGGGACCUAAAUUUGCUUAACUGUUUUGCAGGGCGGUCAUGUGUGGCACUUAGAUUCUGGAUGCUCAACCCACAUGACCGGAUUAAAACACCUGUUGAGCAACUACACCAACUGCUUUGGAGGAAAUGUCAGAUUCGGCAAUGACGCCUCAUCUCCAAUCCUUGGUUAUGGGGAUGUCAUCUGUGCCAGCGUCACCAUUAAGGCUGUCUCCUAUGUCAAAGGGCUCAAACAUAACUUGCUGAGCAUAGGACAAUUUUGUGACAGUGGGAUGGAAGUGAGGUUCUUCUCAAAACAAUGCUUGUGUGUUGGACAGCAUUGGGAACUUAUUAUUAACGUGUAACAGGACAUCAAACCUGUACACGAUUGAUCUGAAAAGUGUUCAAUCCACCACUUCCAUCUGUCUACUGUCCAGAGCCUCAACUAAAUAGAACAGUCUAUGGCACCAACGCCUUUAUCACCUAAACUUCAAGAAUCUUUCCAUCCUUUCCUCCAAGAAACUUGUGAAGGGACUUCCUCUGUUGAAGUCUUCCGCUGAAAAUCAUUGUAGUGCCUGCAAGAUGGGCAAAAUGACGCGAAGCUCCCACAAGCCAAAAACAGUUCCAUCAUCUACUCAUCCGCUGCAGCUGAUUCAUAUGGAUCUGUGUGGACCCAUGAGAGUACAAAGCAUCAAUGGUCGCAAAUAUACACUAGUGAUCGUUGAUGACUUCUCAAGGUACACAUGGACUAAAUUUCUUCGUACAAAGGACGAGGCAACAGAAACCAUUAUGACCUUUAUCAGAACCAUCCAAAACCUGCUACAGCACAGUGUUCGAAUAACCAAAACCGACAAUGGUACCGAGUUCAAGAAUCAAACUCUCACUGAUUUCUAUGAAUCUCUCGGUAUCACUCAGUAAUUUGCGGCAGCCAAAACUCCCCAACAGAACGGAGUUGUUGAAAGAAAGAACAGGACACAUGUUGAAGCAGCUCGCACCAUGCUUAUCCAAACUGCCUCAUUUCAUGUGGGCAGAGGCAAUCAAUACUGCGUGCUACACACAGAACAGAACAUCCAUCCACAAACGCUUCGACAAGACUCCUUAUGAAAUUCUUUUCAACAGAACUCCGGAUAUCUCAUUCUUCAAGAUAUUUGGCUGCAAGUGCUUUGUAUUGAAUGAACGAACUGAACGAAGUAAGCUGAACCCAAAAGCCAUAGAAGGCGUGUUUAUUGGGUACUCACUGUAGUCCAAAGCUUACAGGGUCUAUUUACGAGAAAAGCGAACAGUCAUUGAGAGUGUGAACGUAACAUUCUAUGAAAUGGCUGACUUUGCAACAGAACACUUACAGGUAGAACCAGAGGCUUCUGAUAAAGUUGAUUCGAACUCAGUACAUGAAGGUGUGAUUCUCAAUUCUCUCUUCAGAAACUUCUACGAGAAUUCACAACCUUCAUCUCCUCCAUGCACACCAGCUUCAACAUCAGCAGCUCCACAACAAUCCACUGCCACUGUAGAGAUCCCACUUCUUCUAGGUCCGGAUGAUGUACCGUCUACGCCUUCAACUCCCCCAUCCAAUCACGUAGAAGUGGAUGAUCAUGGGUUUGCUUCAACACCAGAAUCAACUCCACCGCACACCACAACUACUCACGAGACAACCAUUCCCUAUGAGGACUCGGAUCAACCCAUCAUCACUCCAAUUCCCAUGGCUCAUGAAAGGAAAUGGACGAAGGCUCAUCAUGUAGAACAAACAAUUGGUGAUCCGAGUCAAGAUGUGCGGACGAGAUCGGCCACAGUGAAUGAAUGUCACUUUGCCUGCUUCUUAAGUCAGAAUAAACCAUCCAAAGUUUCGGAGGCACUCACUGAUCCAGAUUGGGUGAUUGCUAUGUAAGAUGAGCUCAAUCAAUUUAACAGACUACAAGUGUGGACACUCGUGCCAAAACCCUCUAAGAAAACUAUCAUAGGCACCAAGUGGGUGUUCAAGAACAAAAAGGACGAAGAAGGCAUCGUUGUACGGAACAAAGCAAGACUGGUCGCAAAGGGGUACAACCAGUAAGAGGGCAUAGACUAUGAUGAAACAUUCGCGCCCGUAGCGAGAAUAGAAGCCAUUCGCCUCUUUCUUGCGUACGCGGCACAUAAGAACUUCACCGUCUUUCAAAUGGAUGUGAAAACAGCUUUUCUAAACGGAGUAUUAGAAGAAGAAGUCUAUGUCGCUCAACCCGAAAGAUUUGUACAUCUCAAAUACCCAUAUCAUGUAUACAAGCUCAAGAAAGCUCUCUAUGAGUUGAAACAGGCACCAAGGGCUUGGUACGAUGCCUUGGCAGAGUUUCUGGUUGAUUCAUGUUUCUCAAAAGGAAAGAUUGACAUUACACUGUUCAUCAAGUGACAGAAAUCUGAUAUCAUUCUGAUUCUGAUCUAUGUCGAUGACAUCAUCUUUGCCUCCUCAAAUCCGCGUCUGUGCAAACAUUUUGAGAAACUGAUAAAAACCAAGUUUGAAAUGAGCAUGAUGGGAGAACUGAAUUUCUUCCUAGGCCUGCAAGUACGACAGCUCUCAGACGACAUUUUCAUCAAUCAGUCCAAGUACAUUCUGGAAAUGCUUAAGAGGUUCAACAUUGACAGCAAAUCUUCCAUGACAACCCCUAUGUCGCCCAACAAUAAACUGGACUCAGAUCCCGCAGGGAAACCAGUCGAUGCUACAAACUACAGGGCCAUCAUCGGAUCUUUGCUUUAUCUCACGUCUAGCAGGUCUGACAUCGUAUUCUCCACAUGCUUAUGUGCACGCUUUCAAGCAAAUCCGAAAGAAUCUCACCUGACCGAUGUAAGACGAAUCUUGAGAUACCUGAAAGGCACUGUGAACUUAGGCCUUUGGUAUCCCAAGCACUCAGGUUUUGACCUUGUCGGAUAUUCAGAUGCUGACUUUGCGGGCUGCAGAAUGGACCGAAAAAGUACAUCGGGAGCCGUCCAGUUCUUGGGCGAGAAAUUAGUCUGCUGGUCUUCCAAGAAGCAGAAUUGUGUGUCCACAUCUCCAGCCAAGGCAGAAUACGUCGCGGCUGCUAGUUGUUGCUCUCAAAUAUUAUUGAUGAGGACCCAGCUAAAAGACUAUGGUUACACUUUCCGCCAUAUCCCGAUCUACAGCGAUUCUCAGAGUGCCAUCGCCAUCACCAGCAACCCAGUUCAUCACUCCCGCACCAAGCACAUUGAUCUGCGCUAUCAUUUCAUCAAAGACCAUGUGGAGAAAAGGGAUAUCGAUAUGUACUUUGUAAGCUCUGAGCUUCAACUGGCUGAUUUAUUUACUAAGGCUCUAGAUGAAAAUCGAUUCCAGUUCCUGGUAUCCAAAUUGGGCAUGUUGAACCUCGAGCCCGUGUAAUUUGAUCUCCACUGGUCUGUAAAGUGCAAGGGUGUGUGUGUUGGACUUAUAAAAAGUGUGUGUAUGUGGGUCUUGUAAAUAGUGUGAGUUGCAUGUGUCAAGGGGAGAAAAAGCGUAAAAUAUAAAAAAAAAGUGUGUGCGUUGCAUCUGUUCAUAGUGUGCGUUGCAUUUUUUCUUUCUUUCUUUCUUUUUUUUCUUCUUCAUCUUUGCACUUCUCCAGGGGAGCUCUGAUUUUUGACAGUUUGGGCCCUCAAAACAUUUUUAAAUAAGUUAAAUGGGCAAACUCAGGCUUCGGGCCCAACCUUUUCUCGCAAGGCCCAAAUCCUAAGGUUUUCGCAUAUAUAAGCCGGUCUGGAACCCUAAAACCUUCAUCUUCCUCGUCAGUCCUGCUUCUCGAAAUCCAGAGCUCCUCCAACCUUUCUUCUCGAACUCUUCGUCUCCCCUACUUCUCUUCUCGCGAAAUCACUCAAAGGUAGUAAACCAAUCUUCGCUAACAUCAAUGGAAAGGGUUUCAAAUUGUUCUCGUCAAUCAUCGCCCAAAAUCUCAUCUUUUUCAAAGUUCGCGAGAUCUGUUUCUCGAACUACAGAUCUCGAUCUCGUCGUUUCAACUUCGAGAAGAGAUCUUGAGAUUUAGAUCUCGAGAUCUUGAUCUCGACAUCUUGUUCUCGAGAUUUAAACCUCGAUAUCUG